AUGGGGCGAUCGCCGUGCUGCGAGAAGGAUGGGCUCAAGAAGGGGCCGUGGAUGCCCGAGGAGGACCAGAAGCUGCUCGCCUACAUUGAGCAGCACGGCCACGGCUGCUGGCGCUCGCUGCCCGCCAAAGCCGGGCUGCAGCGGUGCCGCAAGAGCUGCUGCCUCCGUGAUCGGCAGGUCAAGAACUCACUAGCAUCCUAG